CGGCAGUGAACGACCUGCAGGGGUCGGGGUCAACGGGCUCCAACCGGCUCCAACAUGGCGUGGAGGAGCUGCUCCGUCCUGCUCAGACUGACCGGAGUAGACGCUUUACGGAGCUCCGUGAAGGGCGGCAGCAGGUGGCCUCACAGCUUCCAGCAGAGAUGUGGCUUCAGAAAAGCCACCAAGAAACCAGAAUCCAAGAAGGUGGAGGAGGAAGUGGGACAGCCCCUCACAGAAUCCUCUGAGGGUGUGGUCCACCGCCGGACCUCAACCCCCCACUGGGACCAGCAGGCUCCACCCAGCCCCCCCCGGGCCUUCAGUCGGCUCCUCAAGCCGCUGGUCUUCACUGUGGGGUUUACAGGCUGCUCCUUCGGCUCAGCGGCCAUCUGGCAGUAUGAGUCUGUCAAGUUCCGAGUCCAGAACCUCUUCACAGAGAUCAGAGCUGAUUGGAUGGAGAGGCUGCAACCUCAGAAAAAAGGAGACAUUCGCAAAGAGAUUAACCAAUGGUGGAACGGCUUGAGCGAGGGUCAGAGAACGGUCACAGGGAUCAUUGCUGCUAACGCCAUAGUGCUCUGCUGUUGGAGAGUACCGUCUCUGCAGCGCUCCAUGAUCAAAUACUUCACCUCCAACCCCGCCUCCAAGACUCUGUGCUCCCCGAUGCUUCUCUCCACAUUCAGUCACUUCUCUUUCUUCCACAUGGCCGCCAACAUGUACGUCCUCUGGAGCUUCUCCACCAGCGCCGUCUCCAUGCUGGGCAAAGAGCAGUUCCUGGCUGUUUACCUGUCUGCAGGUGUUAUUUCUACAUUUGUCAGUUAUGUGAGUAAGAUGGCCACAGGGAGGUUCGGCCCGUCUCUGGGAGCGUCGGGAGCCAUCAUGACCAUCUUGGCUGCCGUUUGUACCAAAAUGCCAGAAGCCAAACUGGCCAUCAUCUUCCUCCCCAUGUUCACCUUCACCGCUGCCAACGCUUUGAAGGCCAUCGUUGCCAUGGAUACAGCAGGCCUGGUGCUGGGGUGGAAGUUUUUCGACCACGCCGCUCAUUUAGGCGGAGCCAUAUUUGGAAUCUGGUACAUCCUGUUCGGUCAUGAGUUGAUCUGGAAGAAUCGAGAGCCCUUUGUCAAAAUCUGGCACAACCUGAGAACGCGAGGACCGGGAGGAGGAGGAGGAGGAGGAGGAGGCUCCAUAUGAGACGCUGAAAUGCUGGGACUGAUGGCGGGAAAACAAUUAAAAAAAAAAAAGAUAUGUAAAGUAUAAAAUGUACAGAUGUGCAGAGAAGAGAAAGAAGCUGCAGCAAA